GUGUUUUGCUGGACAGUGGUAUUCGACGUAAGAAGGCAGAGACUUGAGUUGUGUAAAAAGUUAAAAACAGCUGAUCAUCCGUGAAGGAGAUAAAAGAAAAGAAAAGGGCGAGAAGAAGACAGUUGGUGUGGGUGAGAAAUGAGUGGGAGAGUUGGCGAGGCUGUUGGGCGAAAGAAUCCAAAAUUAAGAAAAGACUUGCGGAAAGACACGGCGAAGCUAAGGGAUGAGAGGAGAAAAGUCUUUGACGAGGUCAGUGCAGAAUUCAUUCAUUCAAUUAUUGUUUGAUUCCCCGGUCAGCUCCAGACCAAAUAAUUAUUACUUCAAGAAAUAAUUUUUCCAAUCGCUCUCUCUGUUUCUUAACAAAUUAAAUAAUAUCAGUAAAAUUUAAUCAAUUUAAUUGAACACUUAUUCAUUUAUGAUCCAACGUAUAGCAUAGUUAUGGGAAAUUUAAAUAAUUUUUAAAAGUUACAGAAUUUUUAAAGUAAAAAACACUUGGCUUUAAUUUAUUCAUGUCGUUCAGACGUAUUAAUAUACUUUAAAUUCAUUUAGAAAACAUUAAUUAAGAGCAAUUCCCCAAUUGGGCCUGUCCACGUUGCCGUUAUAAUUAAUACAUGAAUAUAUAUAUAUAGUCAAUGAGUCGUCGCAUGCAUUAAUAUACACGAGUCUUGAGGGAAAUUUCCAGGAAAUUAAUAUAUGAAUGUAUUGGCUUUCAAAGGCAAUUUCCAGGAUCAUUCAUUCAAUUAUUUCACCGGCCUAGCUUCGCUAUCUUUUCUUACAUAUAAAAGCGUACGUCUAUAUAUAUUAGUCAUCAUGAACAAAUAUAUAUAGUACUAAUAGGUCAUUACUCAUAAAAAUGGCAGUCUCCUCCCUUUCCAUUUCCAAUAUACCGAUAGUAGCAUGGGCUAUCUGGAUCUUUUUAUGCGGAAACUGUUUGGAUAAUGCACUUCAUCAGCUUGUUAAUGUUGCUGCAGCAUCUGGAUCAAUAUCUGACCUUCAACUUGAACAAGCCAAGGCUUUGCAGGAGACUGGGUGGUGGCCGUCUAGUACUAAUUAUUCAAGUGCUUGCCACUGGGAUGGUAUUACUUGCAAUGAUGGAGGAAGCGUCACAAGCAUCGAUAGAUCUCUUCAAGGUUUGGGAGGUCAGUUGAAACUCAACUUCUCUUUCUUCCCAAAUUUAGUUAGUCUUAAUCUUAGUAGGAACAACCUUCAGGGGCAUAUCCCACUUGAGAUCGGGAUGCUAAAAAAUCUAACCAUUUUAUACCUUUAUUCAAACAUGCUUGUCGGUCCAUUCCCUUUCACAAUUGGUCAUUUAACUAAUUUGGAAUAUGUCUUCCUUGAUGGAAAUAAAAUCAAUGGAUCCAUUCCUCCCGAAAUAGGGAUGCUGAAAAAUCUUACCUUUUUAUCCCUUUCAUCGAACAUGCUCGUUGGUCCAAUCCCUUCCACAAUUGGUCAUUUAACUAAUUUGAGAAGUUUAUACCUUGACAGAAAUAAAAUCAAUGGAUCAAUUCCCUCCGAAAUAGGGAUGCUGAAAAAUUUGACCACUUUAGACCUUUCUUCGAACAUGCUCAUCGGUCCAAUCCCUUCUACAAUUGGUCAUGCAACUAAUUUGAAAUAUUUCUACCUUGGACAGAAUAAAAUCAAUGGAUCCAUUCCCUCCGAAAUAGGGAUGCUGAAAAAUUUGACCGAUCUAUUCCUUUCUUUGAACAUACUCGUCGGUCCAAUCCCUUCCAUUAUGUUCCAUUUAACUAAUUUGAGAAGUUUAGACCUUAGUCAGAAUAAAAUCAAUGGAUCAAUUCCUCCCGAAAUAGGGAUGUUGAAAAAUCUGUCUUAUUUAAACUUGGGUUCGAACGCCCUCACUGGUCCAAUCCUGAGUAAUUUGACUAAUUUGGAAUAUUUGGACCUUAGUGCAAACUACUUAAAUGGAAGCAUUCCCUAUCACCAGGAUAACUUUUAUUGGAUGAGAGAUGUUAACCUUAGUCAUAACUGUAUUAGCGGAGAAAUACCUGUUGCACUUGGGAUUAACGUAGCCCAUCUCUCGAGUCUGGAUCUUAGCUACAAUAAACUUACAGGCCAUAUCCCUCCUUCUCUCAUUUAUAUAAAAGAAAUCAACUUGUCACACAAUUCUUUGAAGGGUCAAAUUCCAAAUGGUUUUGAUAAGCAUCAUAAAUCCCACACAUUAAUUGGCAAUAGGGAUUUAUGCGGUCAGUUCAAGAAUAUUUUUCCUCCAUGUCCCAAAAGCAAAAAAUCAAUCAUAACCAAAAUAGAAAUUUUUGCUCCCAUCACCACUUUCCUUGGAUUCCUGGUUAUUGGGGGUAUUAUCUUAUCUCGUUGUGUGUUCAAAGAAAAUCAACUUGAGUUAAGAGAAUCUAAGGAUGGAAACAUAUUCUCGAUAUGGAAUUAUGACGGACAUAUUGCAUAUGAAGACAUCAUUGAAGCAACCGAGAAUUUUGACAUCAGAUAUUGCAUUGGAACUGGUGGUUAUGGUAGCGUUUACAAAGCAAAAUUACCAAGCGGAAAUGUGAUUGCCUUAAAGAAACUUCAUCAAAGAGAGGCUGAGAAUCCAUUUUUCUUUGGGAGUUUUAUAAAUGAGGUGAGGGUGUUAACAGAGAUUCGACAUCGAAAUAUUGUGAAGCUACAUGGGUUCUGUGUACAUAAAAGAUGCAAAUUUUUAAUUUAUGAGUACAUGGAAAGGGGAAGCCUAUUUUGUGUCCUAAGAAAUAUUGAUGAAGCUAUAGAACUGGAUUGGAGCAAGAGGGUAAACAUCAUCAAAGGCAUAGCACACGCCUUAUCUUACAUGCAUCAUGAAUGCAUCCCAUCAAUUGUUCAUAGAGAUAUAUCAUCUAACAACAUUUUGCUGAACUCCGAGUUCCAUGCUUUUAUCUCUAACUUUGGAACGGCCAAACUCCUUGAUCCUGACUCUUCCAAUCAAACAUUGGUUGUUGGCACUUAUAGUUAUAUUGCCCCAGGUAAAUUGUUAAUUGGUUAUUUAUAUUCCAAAAAUGUCAUUUAAAUUAUUUAAUUAAAAAUAUUGAAUAUAAUUAUUCUAUUAGUCAUGUAUCUAAACAUUUUUUAAGAUUAUCUUUCUUUACUGUUUUUUUUCUUUGUCAAGU